CGCGGAGAAGAUGCGUAACGUUUGUGUUUGUUGUUGCAGAUAAACAGAUCCUACACUCAUCGCUUGUUGUUUCGGUCCACUGAUAACUUGUUGUUGCCUCCUUUUCCAUUGCAUGAUUUCUUUCGUUUGCGCGGACCUCAAAGGUGAAACCCAACACACGAGGAUGAAAGAACAGAGAAGUCCUGAUCCUAAUGGGGAUUCUCCCAUACUGCAGGAGGGUGGUGUUGCAACAGCAGAUGACCCAAUGGCUAUCGCAACCAUUCAGACAGGAGCCACAUUCUCAGCAGAUCAGCAAAUCAAGUAUCUGUUCAAAACAGAAGGAACAGGAGGGCAGGUAACAUACCGGGUGAUUCAUUUGGCUGAUGGACAGGUUGAAGAACAGGCAGAUGGGGCCGCGGCAGUCAGUGUGGUCACUGGGUUUCCCACAGCAACACACUCUAUAACCCAACCUGUAACCCAGUCUGAUAGUCUGGAAGGAGAGGCAUCUGAAACUCAGUACUACUAUCCCGCUACCAUAGCUGAUGCAGCUGCUGGAACCAUGGUAACCAAUGUCCAUACAGCAGAUUCGAUAAUUUCUCAACCCACCCCUACAGGUCAACUUUAUGUAAUGAUGUCACCUCAGGAUGUUCUAGCCACAACUCAACAGAGUAAGCCAGGAACGCAGCGCACAUCCAGGGAUGACAAGCGGAGGGCCCAACACAAUGAAGUGGAACGCAGACGCAGAGACAAGAUUAACAAUUGGAUUGUCCAGCUUUCCAAAACCAUUCCAGAUUGCAAUAUAGACGCGACCAAAAAUGGUCAAGUAAGUCUACAAAGUAAAGGUGGGAUCUUGUCCAAGGCAUGCGACUAUAUCCAAGAGCUACGCCAGAGCAGUUCACGACUGGAAGAGGAGAUUAAUUCUUUGGCUAGACUGAGGAUGGACAAUCAGCUUCUUAAGCAAGAGGUUGAAGAGUGGAAAUCAAAAAACCAGAUGAUCAGAAACCAGUUAGGACAGCAUGGCAUCGUGGGGGCAACAAUGGACUCUUAGUGAUUCUAUGAACUGCAGAUCACAUUUCCGAUCACAUUUUUCAAGAUUAAUCAUUCAGUAUGAUUUUGGACAUUCACAGCCUCUUAUUUUACAACAGACACUUAAAGACUUGUAUGCCUCAGAAAUAGGUGGUAAAUCAUGUCUAGUUCAUGGCCUUGGUUUCUCCUUUGCCUUUUCAUUGUUUGAACUCACAUUUGAUUGUUUUAUUUUUUCAGGCUGAUCUGGUAUUUUUACUAAACUAAAGUUGUGAAAAAUUGUUUGAUCUGUACAUGUUUUGAUCCAUGUCCAUAGAAUGACUUUCCUUUUGUAGGACUGCUGUAGAAUCAUAUAGUGUAGCAGUCUGUUUCAAUUAUGACAUUUCUAAAAAAUGCAGGUUUACAUUUGAAUGAUCUUCAUUGAUUUCUGGUUUGAUAUCUGUAAUAAAGCAUUUACUAAACAAUGA